GGGGGAGGCGGGACCGUGGCGUGGCGGAGGAGUGUGGGGGGGGCGGAGCUCUGCCCCGCCGGGAGCCCACGGCGCCCGCCCUGCGCGGCGUGGGGCGGGGGGGAACCGGCCGAGGCGCCGCCGCGGGUCACGUGCGGGGCCGGCAAGAAGUGUGGUUGCCGUGGCCCAUGACCCUGUCGCGUUAAAAAAAGUGUUGGAGUACCGGAACGGAAACGAACUGCUCCAUUCCCCCUCCAUUCUGCACGCAGAGAACUCCAGUUAAUGUGCUUGGAACGGUGCUUUGCCAGCUGAUCCGAGAUGAGCACUGAAGCAGAACAGCAGCUUCUCCAUGAUGCUAGAAAUGGAAAUGCUGAAGAAGUUAAACAGCUGUUGGAUACCAUGAACAAAGGAGAAAUAGACUUUGAUAUCAACUGUAAAGGCAGAAGUAAAUCUAAUAUGGGUUGGACACCUCUUCACCUUGCAUGCUACUUUGGACAUGCUGUUGUGGUAGAUGAUUUGCUGAAGGCUGGUGCAGAUGUGAAUGUGCUGAAUGACAUGGGGGACACUCCACUCCAUCGUGCAGCUUUCACAGGACGUAAGGAGGUGGUGAUGUUACUCUUGCAGCAUAAUGCUGAUACUUCUAUUGUUAAUGGGAGUGGAGAGACCGCAAAAGAAGUUACUCAUGAUAAAGACAUAAGGAAUAUGUUGGAAGCAGUGGAAAGGACACAAGAACGAAAACUGGAAGAAGAACUCUUAGGAGCAGCAAGAGAGGGGGAAACAGGGAAACUGACUGCCUUGUUGAACAAGCCCAAACCACCUGAUAUCAACUGUACAGAUCAGAUGGGGAACACACCAUUGCAUUGUGCCGCAUACCGUGCCCAUAAGCACUGUGCAUUAAAACUUCUAAAAAAUGGAGCAGAUCCUAAAAUAAGAAACAAAAAUGAUCAGACACCCCUUGAUCUAGCCCAAGGUGCAGAAAUGAAACUGCUACUGGGAGGUAAAACUGGAAAGGUUAUCAAUAAACCCCUGAGACGAUACGAAGGUCUCCUAUGGAAGAGCUCACGAUUUUUUGGUUGGAAACUCUACUGGAUAGUCCUAGAACAUGGAGUCCUUUCCUGGUAUCGGAGACAAGCUGAUGCAUUGAAUAAUGAUCAUCGUCAGGGAUGCAAGCAUCUAACACAAGCUGUCUGCACGGUAAAAUCUACAGACAGUUGCUUCUUUUCUGUCAGAUGUUUUGAUGACACUGUUCAUCGUUUCAAGAUUCCUAAAAAUAGCCUUCCUUCUCAAACUAGAGAGAGUUGGCUGGAAGCAAUAGAAGAUCACUCUGCAUAUAGCACUCACUACUGCACACAGGAACAGUUGAGUAGUGAUGAUGAGGAAGAUGAUACGGUAUCUGUUACAGACCUACAGGAUACUCUGAAAAAAGCACAAGCAUGCCAACAAAGACUCAGUAAAGAGGUUUCAGACUUCCUUGCAAUGGUUAAAUCUUUGGAUGCUACAAAAGGAGUAUCUUCUCCUCUCCUGCAAAAAGUUGAUGUGGUCUCUGAAGUAUCCCAGGAAACCUGUGAGGCCCUGGCUGACUGCCUCAACCUCUUCACAAAGCAAGAAGGGGUGAGGAAUUUGAAACUGGAGCAUGAGCAGGAGAAAAACAAGAUCUUGUCAGAAGCAUUAGAGACACUAGCUACUGAACACCAUGAACUAGAGCAGUCUCUGGUUAAGGGAUCUCCGCCUCUCAGCAUCAUCAGUGAAGAGCAGUUCUAUGAUGCAGUUUCAGAUUCAGAAUCUGAAAAAUCAUUAAGUGGGUUUGAAACCACAACAGCCUACUCGUUAGAGGACAGCAUGGAUUCAAAAGAUACGAUAACUUCAAGCAUCCCUGAAGAAAAGGUUUGUGGCAGUGGAGAGUCGCUGUCUAAUGGAAUCAAAAAACACAGAACAAGCUUGCCAUCUCCGAUGUUUUCCAGAAAUGACUUCAGUAUCUGGAGUAUCCUAAGAAAAUGCAUUGGAAUGGAGUUGUCGAAGAUCACAAUGCCAGUUAUAUUCAAUGAGCCACUGAGCUUCCUACAACGGCUUACGGAGUAUAUGGAACAUACAUACCUCAUCCACAAAGCCAGCUCACUUUCCAGCACAACUGAGCGAAUGCAGUGUGUUGCUGCAUUUGCUGUGUCUGCUGUAGCCUCACAGUGGGAACGUACAGGGAAGCCGUUCAACCCGUUGCUUGGAGAGACAUAUGAAUUGAUCAGAGAUGAUCUUGGAUUUAGACUUCUCUCAGAGCAAGUUAGCCAUCAUCCACCAAUCAGUGCUUUCUAUGCUGAAGGUUUAAAUAAUGAUUUUGUGUUUCAUGGAUCAAUUUAUCCUAAACUCAAAUUCUGGGGCAAGAGCGUGGAAGCGGAACCGAAAGGCACAAUGACUUUGGAGCUUCUUGAACACAAUGAAGCCUACACGUGGACAAAUCCUACAUGCUGUGUGCAUAACAUUAUUGUGGGCAAACUUUGGAUUGAGCAAUAUGGAAACGUGGAAAUAACUAACCAUAAAACUGGUGAGAAAUGUGUACUAAGCUUCAAGCCCUGCGGCCUCUUUGGGAAGGAGUUGCACAAAGUUGAAGGCUACAUUCAGGACAAAAGCAAAAAGAAACUUUGUGCACUGUAUGGGAAAUGGACCGAGUGUUUGUACAGUGUUGACCCAGCUACGUUUGAAGCUUACAAAAAAAAUGACAAGAAAAAUGCAGAAGAGAAGAAAAGCAGUAAACAGGUGGGGAAUACUGAGGAACCAGAUGAGAUGCCAUUGCCAGAUUCUGAGAGCGUGUAUGUUAUUCCUGGAAGUAUUUUGCUAUGGAAGAUAACUCCAAGACCUCCAAAUUCAGCGCAGAUGUAUAAUUUUACUAGCUUUGCUAUGGCUUUGAAUGAGCUGGACAAAGAAAUGGAGAGUGUCAUUCCCAGAACUGACUGCCGGCUACGACCAGAUAUCAGAGCCAUGGAAAAUGGAGAAAUAGAUCUAGCUAGUGAAGAAAAGAAGAGGCUAGAAGAAAAACAAAGGACUGCCCGCAAAAAUCGUUCGAAGUCAGAGGAAGACUGGAAGACAAGAUGGUUCCACCAAGGCCCCAAUCCCUAUACUGGUACACAGGACUGGCUUUAUUCUGGCAACUACUGGGACAGAAACUACUUUAACUUGCCUGAUAUUUAUUAAAAUGCAAUGAGGAGCCUGUGACUGAUACAAAUAAGUCUUAAUCUGUUUUAAUGUUUUCCCUUGUUUUACUUAUCUCCUGAAAAAAACUGACAUGUUAUCAAACAGAAUAUUAAGCGUCUCCACAGUAAAUCUGGUGGUACAUGAUCUGCAGUCCCAUAAGUAGGGGAAUAAUUUUUCUGGCUGAUGGUGGGUCCUGCAUGGACAAAGUUAAGUCGCCGUGGUUUCGAGCUGCCCUGUUUGCUGAAUCCACCUAUAUUAGGUUGUGGUGUAUGAGGAAUAGAACACCUUCGGCUGUUCUGUGAAUACUUUCUUUCGUAGAUAACACUGGCACAAGUAAAACUGGUUUUAUUUAUCGUGACAUGGGAAUGUUUAAAAGCACACAUGGUAAUUGCAAUAUUCUGUUCUUUAAUGAAGAAGGGUGUGUCACUUUUGUAAAGAUGUAAUUUUUCAUAAAGUGACUUUUCUUUUACUAAAAUAACUCCCUUAAAUCCUGCGCUCUGGUUGGAGAUUCCAGAAGUGUUCCCGUCUCUGGAGCAUUAAUGCAGUUGUUUAAGCUGGUAACAUUACUCAGAGGUAUUUAUUCAAUGUUUUGUGCAGUGUGUUUUGAAUUUUGGUCUCCUGUUUUGCUACCAGCCUUAUGGCUUAAGGAAUUAAGAGCCAUUUAAAUUAUCUACGGAUUUGAUUUGAACUGCACACUAAUAACAGGUUUUAAAAGAAUCUGUUUCAUGCACUAGAAGUUCUGGUGCCCAGCACCACUGCAAAAAGGCAAGAACCUAAUCAGUCCAGGAGCCGGUGGAACAUGGUGUAGGGGGGGAGAGGACCUGUGUCUGUACUGUGCAAACUCCCUGGGAGGAAGUCUUGUGCAUUUCAAAGGUAGUCCAGCACCUCAGUGAGGCCUCCUGUGCACAGCUGCUUUACCCCUUUUCGGUGGGGUGCAUUCAAUCUUAGAGUGUAAGUUUAUAUUGAACUGUGUACAGAGCUUCUAGAGGGCGAGCUGCUCUUUGUACAAUAUUUUAACUGCUGUCUGGAGGUUAGUGUUAAUCGAAUAAUUGCUACUAAAUAAAGGCUUUGAAACUUCUUGCA